GCCCAAAGGAUCCCAACACAGUGGAUAUUUGUUAGGAUUCCAUUUUUGUUAAUAAUAGAAAUAAGAAACCAGAUAUUUUGAGAGUCUGUCCCAUGUAUCAACAUAAUCAGGCGAACUAUCAUGUGAGAGAUGAGAUACAUUUUUCACAAGUCGUCUUCCUGUUAAGGCACAUUUGAAUCGGGUUUGAACUUGAAAUGAAUCUUGCAUAUAGAACUUAGAAGAUAAUAAUUUAGAGUUUAAGGAAUUACGCAGUGACAGCUGCUGUGGCAAUGUAUUUUCAUUUCAUGGAACAAGUUUCAUUUGGAUGAGCCUCGUCUCUAGUUUCAAUGAAGUUGUUAUUCCCGAACAUCGAAGCUCAUUGGGUGUUUGCACUGCCCAUUGUCCAUACGCUGGUGAACUCUUCACUUUUUGGUUAAACUAAGAUUCUAAAUGGGUGGGCCAGGUGUGGACUUUGCACACACAGCACCGCAUCGUACUUAAUAUUGCCCCAGAUACAACACUGAAGUAACAAUUAACGGUGCUUUGAUUGAAGUUAACACUCUAUUCCAUUGCCCAUCGAUGGCUUCCUGAUCACUUUGCCGGUCUGAAGUUAAAAGUCCAAAAACUGACACGACCUUUUUAGUCUGGUUCCGCUACCGCAGUUCUACGUGGAUCGAGUCCUCAAUCAGACCGGUUCACAGGUAUUUCUUUUUUGGAGUACAUGUACGCAGGCACUGCAAAUAAAAGCCAAGUAUUGUAUUUUUGUCCGAAUGUAAGUUUCAGUGCAACUUUUUUUCUCCGAUAAACAUCCGAUAUGGCCAGGCCACCACAAGCUAGCGUUAUCGGCAAGUCGGCAAGGGUGCUUUAUCUACUUGUAAAUUUUGUAGUUUGGAUCUUUGGGCUGAUCCUGAUCGCCGUGGGAGGCUUCAUAUUGCAGUAUCGUGACGUCUACGCCUUUGUGUAUGUGACCAGUGCGAGCGACUUGACCAUCGGAUGCUGGAUCUUGAUCGGUCUGGGAUGUCUGGUGUUCUUAGUUGGGUUUAACGGCGUCUGGGCUUGCGUACGGGAGAGCGUACUUUGGAUGAAAGUGUAUUUUGUAUUCAUGCUGUUGAUCAUCAUCGGGGGUUUCGCGACUGGUAUCUUGACCCUAACGAGGAGAGAGGAGGCAAGAAACACAGUGAAAAGGAACAUGAUGGAAAUAAUCAAAAACGAAUACGGCAAGGGAGGCAUAGUGGACACGGGAUAUGAUAAUAUUCAUCAGUCGGAGCAAUGUUGCGGCGUGUCGGGCCCGGGUGACUGGAACAGCAGUUACUUCUUAACUCUGACGGGAAACGAGGACCUGGCCGUACCUCUCUCUUGCUGCAAACCCGACAUGCCGACUGAUUGCAACUACGGAAAGCCCGGCCAACCAGCAAAGCCAGAGGAUGUAUUCGAUUCGGGAUGCGGCGAAACCCUUGCGAAUUUCCAGUCGGAUAACAUGACAUUGAUGGGCAUGAUCUCCUUCAUCAUGGUUGGGCUUGAGACCAUUUCUCUGCUGUUAGUCUGUUGCGUCAUAGGCACCCGGCCUGUCCCUCAGCCCGUCCCGGAUGAUGAAAAAGAAGAAUCUGUCAGAGUUCAAGAAGAAGAAGAAGAAGAAGAGGACGACAAACUGUAGAACAUUUCUCAAGAAGGAAAAAGCAAUGCCACUGUUGGAAACCAUCAUUACUCAGAGAAACAGGUCAUCAGAGGCCGAUAAUGACAUGUGAUGAAUCCUUUUUUAGGUGAUUCGAAAAAGGGAUGUAUUGUACAAAGCUAAGUACUCUAAAAUGUGGACGGAACCAAAAAAAGAGAGAAAGAAUAACAACAUGAAAUUUGCAUGUAAGAACUUCAAAAAAUCAACUAAUCACUUAGCACUUGUUUGUACUUUGUAUCUAUGUUAUCAAAAAAUAUAUCGCUUCUGUCAUACUUUACUGUUUACUGAAAAUGUUUAGUAUCAUUAAAAACAAAGGGGUUAUGAUUCUAUUUUUUUUUUUACAAUUUUACACGAAAUGAUGCAUGAUGAAUAUUUCAUAUUACAUGGUGUAAAUCAAACACCGCUUUUGUACUACGAUCUUUGUUACACCAAGUAAUAUUAUGUUGUUGUUAUUCUUAGUUAUCAUUCUUGUUUUGGUUAUUGUUUUUUUUCAGUUAGGUUUUCCAGAUGCUGUUGUUGGCUUUACAGAUUAUUGCAUUAUCAGCAGAUGAUAUUAAUCUUUUUUGGGGGUCUCAUCUAUUUAUACAUAGUGUAUUAUACACCAAAGACUGAAAGACGAUUCCUUUUGACUAAUUUAUUACAUGAUCUGCAAUGCGAAAUUAAACCCUUGUGGUAUAUAAAAUCAAUAAGCAAGCUCGGUAUCUGGAUAGAGUUGUCCAGGUCAAAGGUCAUUUGGGAUAAAAUGGAAGCGUCUUGUAAUCGCAAUGUUACGCGCACGCCCAUUCUGCUCGUAAGCCGGUUCGUUAGUAAAAACGUCAUACACGCGCGCGCUCCACUGAUUACU